AUGUCUGUCAAUGAGAAGUCCUUAGAAAGCAUUCUGGGGGGUGCCAGAUCCAAUCCAGCCCCAGGGCAGGGGGACCGGCUGGCUCAGGGCAGCGGGGACGGGAUAGAUCAGGUUGGGGACUAUCUGUGGUCACUGCAGUGGCAUUUGGGGAGUUACACAAGAGAGCAUGUGAACAGCAUUGUUUUCACUGUCUGUCCUGUAAUCACUCACCAGGCGCCGGUGGGGUUCGAGGAGGUGGCCGUGUAUUUCUCCCGGGAGGAGUGGGGGCUCCUGGACGAAGGGCAGAGGCAGCUCUACAGGGACGUCAUGCAGGAGAAUUACCAGACUCUGAUCUCGCUGGGAUUCCCCGUCCCCGACCCGGCCGUGAUCUCCUGGAUGGAGCCAGGGGAAGAGCCGAGGGUCCCGGAUCUCCAGGGCUCUGAGGAAACCGAGAUCACCCGCACAGCAGGCGAGAGGCGCUGGAGGCGUAGCCAGGAGAAUCCCAUCCAGGGAAGCCUCAAGAGGCUGGAACCUCAGCAGACCUUCCCAGGGAUAGCCCGGAAGUGGGCCAUGCAGAACCCUAGCCAGAGCAGGGCUUGGGGGAGCCAGCAGGGGGUGCCCCCGCCUGGCAGAUCUGCUACUUCUGGCCGCCAGGAGCGAGGCUUCGGCCGGCUCCUGGGCAUCCUCUUCGAGCCCUCGGCCGUGGCAAGGCCGCCUCGGCCCAGGGAGCGCGGGAGGGCCCCUGGGCGCAGCAAGGGCUCCGGGAGGCCCUACGGCUGCACCGAGUGCGACAAGAGCUUCCGGCAGAAGCCGCACUUGGUGACUCACCUGCGCACCCACACGGGCGAGCGGCCCUACCUGUGCGCUGCCUGCGGCCGGGCCUUCGGCCAGAGCUCCAACCUGAUCGAGCACCAGCGCACCCACGCCGGCGAGACCUGCUUCCGCUGCCCUGACUGCGGGAAGUGCUUCUGUCUCAGCUCCAACCUGGCACAGCACCGGCGCCUCCACGCAGGGGAGCGGCCCUACCGCUGUGCCCAGUGCGGGAGGAGCUUCUGCCACAAGCUCCAGCUGACCCGGCACUACCAGGGACACGCCGAGGAGGAGGCCGUUGCAGUGCUGAGCCUGGGACCCAAGGGGGCCGCCCCGGUGGUAGAGAUCAGGGAUGCACCUCCUUCCCUGCCAGCCAGAUUCCCCGUCCCUGCCGUGAUCACCGAGAUGCAGGGAGAGGAAGAGCCGUGUGUCCCGGAUCUCCGGGGUGCUGAGGAACAGGAGAGCCUGAAAGGUGCCCGCAAAGGUGGCAGGAUGGAUGAGGCGUGUUCCCAGCAGCAUGGGCCUGUGGGAGCAGAUCCAGAUGGGGCAUCACCUGAUGAGGAUGCUUCCAUGGGAGAAGACCCACAUGGGAUGCUGCCUGGUGGGAAUGAGUCCAUAGAAGAGGACCCAGAUGGGGCAUUGUCCGAUGAGACUUUAUCCCAGGUUCCAGCCCUGCGGCAAACCUCUGAGCACUCUCCUGGCUCACAAACCCCUUCAGCCCUGGAAUCUCAGUGGGAAAAGCCCCCAUUGGCACCCACCCAGCCCAGCCCAGCCCCCAAGAAACCCCCUUACCGCGCACACCCCACCAUCUGCAGCGAGUGUGGGAAGAGCUUCACCCGGAGCUCCCUGCUGGCCCAGCACCAGCGGGUGCACACGGGGGAGCGCCCCUACCAGUGCACUGAAUGCGGGAAAAGCUUCAGCCGCAGCUCCACCCUCAUCCAGCACUGGAGGACCCACACGGGGGAGCGGCCCAAUACGUGCACCGAGUGCGGGAAGGGAUUCAGCCAGCGCUCCGACCUGGUGAAGCACCUGCGCACCCACACCGGGGAGCGCCCCUACCAGUGUCCCGACUGCGGUCAGAGCUUCAGCCGCAGCUCGGACCUCAUCAAGCACCAGCGCAUCCACACCGGGGAGCGGCCCUACAUCUGCCCCGACUGCGGGAAGGGCUUCAGCCGCAGCUCCGACCUCUUCCAGCACCAGCGCACCCAGCGCGGCGAGAAACCUUACAAGUGCACCGAGUGCGGGAAGAAGUUCAGCCGCAGCUCCAACCUCAUCCGCCACCAGCGCACCCACACGGGCGAGAGGCCCUACGUCUGCCCCGACUGCGGGCGCGGCUUCUCCCAGAACUCCCACUACACGGACCACCAGCGGAGCCACCGCCAUGAGAAACCCUACCACUGCACCCAGUGCGGCAAGGACUUUGGGCGCAGCUCCACCCUGGUCAAGCACUGGCGCACACACACCAGGGAGAUCCUGUGAGCCUGGGGCAGACUUUCAACUUUCCGGACAUGGACGAGGAAUCCCAAUGUGGCCUCCUGGGGAACUUGACUCAGUGUUGCCCCCAGGGUCAGCUUGGGUUGGUGAUGCCACUAGUCACGGCUGGUCCCUUGGAGGAUUUGAUACAGUGUAUUAUCCAGGGUCAGCCUGAUUAACAGUGUUACCAGUAGAGUCAAUGCUCUUCUCCUGGAGGAUUUGAAACAAUGCCUCCAGCAGAGUCCAUCUGUGUUUCCAGUGGGGUCACACACACCCCUUAACCUGGCACAUUUGAUACAAUGUUUCCACCAGGGUCAUUUCUCCUUUCCGUAAAUAAUUUGAUUCAAUGUUUCCAAGAGAGUCAAUUCUUCCCUGGAGGGUAGGCCAGGGUCGUUUGAUGCCAUGUCUCCACUGAGAUCCAUUCUCUUUCCUUGGGUGCAUUGAUACAUUGUCUCCAGUAGAGUCACUCUUCCUCUUUUCAGAGAGCUUGGUACAAUGUUUCCUCCAUUGUCAAUUCUUCUGUCCUGGUUGAUUUGAUACAACUGUAUCCAAGAGGGCCAGUUCUUCGCAGGUGGUAUCUCUAGACCAAGGUCAGUGUGAUACAAUGUCUCCACUCAGGUCCGUCCUAAUGACUUUGGGUGAAUUGAUACAUUGCCUCCAGUAGAGUCAACUCUCUUCUCCCAGGGUGACCAAUACUCCCCUUGAGGACUGGAUACAAUAGUCAGAUCCUCAGAUGGUGUGAAUGGCAUGGGUCCAUUGCAGUGAAUGGAGUUCUAGUGAUAUAUAUCGGGUGAAGAUUUGCCCCAAUGUUUCCAUCAUUAGUUCUUCUUUCUAGGGGGAUUGAAGCCAGGAACCUGAUCCUGUUCUCACUUACAUGGCCAUUUUGCAUCAGUAUAGUUCCACUGACAUCAGUGGGGUUGCUGCAGAUUUACACCAAGGUCAGUGAGAUCAGAAUCCACUUGUAACUCAUCUUCCAUGGAUGUCAGUGGGGUCAUUC